AUGACAUAUAAUACAUCAUCACAGGUUAGAAGUUGGAUAUUCAACAAGCAUACGAUAGCCGAAUGUAGGGAACAAGCUAACAAAUCAUAUGUUGAUGCAGUCGACACAAGUGAUGCCUCUGUCAAGGACAACAUGUUGUCCGCUGAGGAGGAACAACAACUUCUAUUCUACUACAAAUCAAAGAUGAUUGAGUUUGGUCAACAAUCAGAGUUAAAGUUACCAGAUACUGUAUAUUCAACGGCAAUAGCAUAUAUGAACAGGUUCUACUUGAAGAAGAGUGUGAUGGAUGUAAACCCAAAGCAGAUGAUGAAGGUGUGUCUGUUUAUAGCGUGCAAGACAGAGGAUGAUCAUAGAGAGAUUGGUGAUUACUCAAAUGUGGUCAAGAUACAACCAAAGGAGAUUGUCGAGAUGGAGAUACCAUUGCUCGAAGCAUUGGCAUUCCAACUGGUGGUCUAUCAUCCAUUCCGUCCACUAUACGGAUUCCUGCUAGACAUUAACGAGAUGAUGACCAUGUCCAAUAAUCAAUAUCAGACAUGGUUGAAUGCCUCUACAUUCUCAUUCAAUGAUCUCUACCAUGAAGCCACCAAACACAUCCAACGAUCACUGCUCACCGACUGCAGUUUCCUCUAUCAUCCUUAUCUAAUAGCAUUGGCAUGUCUUGAUCUUUCAUGGCCUGCAUUCCACGAAUAUUUCAAGCUUAAGUUCUUGUCAUUAGAGAACCAUGUACAGAUACAAAAGGAGAUCAAUGAGGUAAAGGCUAUCAUCAAUGCUGUGCCAGAGAGGCCAAACAUUGAUCAAGUUAAGAUUAUAGAUGCCAAACUGAUAUCACUAUCAAAGUCAUUAAAGAAGAGCAAGACAAAGAAGAAGAAGUCAUCUGCAUCGUCUUCACAAGGUUCAACAAAGAAGCAACGAACAGACUUACAGUCACCGCCACCUCCGACCGAUGCUGUCGCUCAACCUGUGAAUGGAGGCACACAAGUUAGUUGA